AUUACCGAGCAAGCUAACUGGCUAAUUGUUAGCACGACUACUUCUUCGCUGAUUGUUCGUCCUGUAUAUUUCCGCCGGCAGCGCGGGGCCUUCCCGCCCUCUACAGGACAGAUUAAAAACUACAUCAAACACCUUCACAGUAAAAUACAGAUUCACAGAAAACGGAGGUCAAACUACGGAAGAGGAUUAGGGCCAUAUGAGAACUGUUUUUAGAUUUGACUUUUAACUCGUGGCCCUAAUCCUCUUCUGUAUCAAACCCACCUCCCAUGAAAGAUAAAAAUGAAUAAAACAGGAAAUGAUGAUAAUAAGAAUAAUAAUAAAGGAGAAAUAAAUGCAGGCAAAACAAAUGGUAAUCAGACAUGAAUACCAGAAUUGAUUACCAGUUGAUCAGAUAUUGACUGAUCUGUGUUUUCAGUCUCUUAUUUUGGUAAAAGGUCACAUGACUUCAGCUGUUGGACUAAAAUUAACCCUUCAGAUGAUUGGCUGGAUGACUGACAAACACAACCAUCUAUGGUGUGUGUGUGUGUGUGUGUGUGUGUGUGUGUGUGUGUGUGUGUGUGUGUGUGUGUGUGUGUGUGUGUGUGUGUGUGUGUGUGUGUGUGUGUGUGUGUGUGUGUGUGUGAGAGAGAGAGUGUGUGUGUGAGAGUGUGAGUGAGAGAGAGUGUGUGAUUCAUUCACAGCAUUGAUCAGACAAAGAAACAACCAAAUCCAAAGUAAGAAACCAACCAGGCAGCAGGUCGCCUCAUGUCGGUCUCUCAGAUCACCCCCACCCUGUUCCUCAGCGGGGCCGACGCCCCCCUCAACGCGGCGCUGGUGUCUCAGAAAGGCAUCACCCUGAUCGUCAACGCCACGCUCAGCCACGCCUGCCCCGCCUACCCGGGGGUGGAAUGUGUGCGUGUUCCCGUCUCCGACCUGCCCAGCGCGCGCCUCGGAGACCACUUCGACCGCGUGGCCGAGCGUAUCCACGGCAACCGAGCGGGCGGCACACUGGUGCACUGUGCUGCCGGCAUGAGCCGCUCGCCGGCGCUGGUGAUGGCCUACCUGAUGCGCUUCCGGGGGGUGACGCUCCGCCAGGCGCACCGCUGGGUGCAGGACAGCCGGCCCUACGUCAGGCUGAACGCCGGCUUCUGGGAGCAGCUGCUGCAGUACGAGAGGCGGCUGUACGGCAAGAACACCGUCAGGGUGGCGGCAGUCGACAACAUGUCGCCCCCCCCGCCCCCACUGACCCCGAGGCUGACAAGGGCGACGCCACCGCAGCAGCAGAGGACCUGGUUAACUCUGGUCCCCCGGUCCCCCCUCAUGACCCGAGCAUCAGGGUUGCCCCUGACGACACGAGCUCAGGUGACGACGUCAGUAAACAAGUCCAGAAGAGGAACCAGGCCCAAAGUCUGAGAACAGAUCCCCCACAGAACCAGGUUUAAAACCACCUCACCUGGCUGCUGACAUCACAGGUGGGCGUGGCCAGAGCACAUUUCUGGGUGACACAGGUGUGAAUCUUUCAGCCAGAGGGGUCAGCAGAACCCUGAGGUCAGUCUCAGCUGUAGUGACCUCUGACACCACGACUCUGUGACAGUGAGGUGUCUCCUGAACAAAUUGACCUAUGACCUCUGACACCACAGUAUCUGAGACUCGAGUUCAUACCAGGUGUGAACUGGACCUGAGACCCGACACCUGAUGAGGAUCCUGGUUCUGCUCAGGUCUACAUGAGACCGGCUCCAGGUGUGAAACUGAUAGUUAAGAAUCAGCUGCUUCUGUGUUUUAAUGCAGUGGUUCCCAACCUGUGGGCCGGGGCCCUCUGGUGGACCGUGAAGGUAUCGGAAGUGGGCCGACACUUUUUGUAAUUAUUAUUAUUUGGUUUAGUUUCUGUGUUUGAUAUUUUCUGUUUGAGUUAUUUAUUUAUUUCUGUUUUUGUGUUUUAUUUCUUUUUCUUCUUGUUGGAAGUUCAUGAUUUCAUUUGCUUCACUGUCUGUUUCCCUUUGAUCUAUUUUGACUGAUCAGAUUCAUUCAUUUUGUUUGUGACUGAGUCACAGAAGGCUUUAAUGGAUCAGGAAGUAAUAUAAUUUAAAAAAAAGAAAAAAUAUAUUUAAUUAUAUUAAAAAUGUAAAUAAUGUUUAUAAAUGUUUAAAAACAAAACCAUCUUUAAAAAUAUUAAAAAUAUUUUUUUCUUGUCUAUGACAGGAACCCUCAUGUCGUCGCUGCCGGACCACAGCGUUUACUUUCAUUCUAAAAACACAUUUUUCACAUGUGGCCUGAUGUUGAAGGAUCCUUGAUCUUCAUCAUUAAAAUAAAAAGCUGUGAGGACGUUUUGUUUGUUACAUGGUCGGACGUGGAGCGUUUGAUCCACUGGUUUCAUGUGUGAAACUGAUGUUUUCAUACAGCUCCAGCUGUUUACGUCAUAUCUGUGAACAUCAACAUCUGCCUUUUACAACACGUGUUGUAACAACAUGAAAGAGGAUAAUUACUGUGUCCAACAUUUUUAUGUUUCUAUUUUCUGUGCACUUUGGAAAUUCUAAUUAAAAUAAUUAACUAAAA